UUGACGAACCGAAAAGUUACGGCGGAAGAAAAUCUCUAGCAGUUGCAGCAGGUAGUUGAAUCUAGUACAUUUUGUGACACAGAGGUUUCUGUGCGGUUUCUGUGUUACAAUGGAGGAGCUCAAAUCUGCUAUGGAGGAGCACAUGGACCUUAUGGCGGAUCUUGUUCAGAAGUUCUCUUCGGAUCUUCGUUCUGGCCUUCGCCCCGCUUACGAUAACUUUUUGGGUUUUUUCCAUGCCAUUGACUGGAAGGAACCUUGGCUAAUGGGAUUAUUAGGAUUCCAUGUUGUGUUGCUGCUUGUAACUUUCAUCACUAGGAAGAAGACGAAUUUUCAAAUGUUCUUGUUCCUUUUAACAUUGGCUGGUGUAUAUCUUGCCGAGAAUCUGAACAGAUUUUUGGGGAAAAACUGGAAAAGCUUCUCUAGUCAGAACUAUUUUGAUCCAAGUGGAUUAUUUAUGUCUGUUCUUUGGUCGGGACCUCUUCUUGUCAUUUCUAUGAUAAUCUUGAUCAAUACACUCUUCUCCUUGUGUUACUUGAUUGUUAGUUGGAAAAGAGCUGAACUGAGACAUCGUGCAAGGGCUGCUCGUAAUAAGCAGGAGUAGUUGUUUUGUAGUGGGAAUUUCAAGGAUUAACCCUGAAGGAGUUCAUGUCAAUGAAAAUGUAAUCAUAUGGUUAUACAAAUGAGUUUUGUUUUUGUUUUCUCAAUUUUUCUUAUUCAGGACUUGUUAUUUCCAGUUAGGUUUGUGUACAAUAUUAUUAACGGGAUUUGUUUUCCCCUUUUAGCUCCUUUUAUCAAAGGAGCUGAGAAUUUAACAAAGUGCAAAUUAGAUUGUAUGGUUGAUCACUGCCAAAAUGUGAAUGUAUUAACGUGUUUAGUUGAA